UACGCAAAAUCCAUCAAAAUGGGUUUUCUUCAGAAGGCGAUCACCCUUCUCUUUUUGCUUCUUUUGCUAUCUCAAACCAUCUCUAUCUAUUCCUCUAGCGUUGUGAAAUCAUGGUGUAGCAAAAUGCCUUAUCCGCAACCCUGUGAGCACUUCUUGACCCGCAACCCUAAGCAAACCCCUCUCAAGCGAAGGUCCCAUUUCCUCAGGGCCUCGAUGCAAGUCGCCCUCGAGAGCGCGCAGCUAGCCCGAACCCACACGUACUCGCUAGGCUCUGGGUGCCACGAUGAACGCGAGAAGGCCGCAUGGGCUGACUGCCUCAAGCUUUAUGAGCACACAGUCCACCACUUGAACCGGACCAUCAACCGCCGGUGUACUCAAGACGACAUGCAAACCUGGCUUAGCGCCGCACUGACCAACUUGCAGACCUGUGGAACUGGGUUUGUCGAGCUUGGCAUCUCAGACAAUGUGUUGCCCUUGAUGUCAAAUAAUGUUUCCAAGUUGAUAAGCAACACUUUGUCUGCAAACUAUGUGCCCUACACUACCCCAAACUACACCAAUGAGUUCCCUACUUGGGUGAGGCCCAGCGACCGGAAGCUCUUACAGUCUUCGCCCAUGCUAUCUACAGCAAAUAUUAUGGUGGCUCAAGACGGUUCAGGGAACUACAAGACAAUUAACGAAGCUGUAACUGCGGCGUUAAUGCGGUCUGAUACAACAAGGUUCAUAAUCUAUAUCAAGGCCGGUACCUAUGAAGAGAAUGUUGAAGUGGGAUCAAAAUUGGAAAACAUCGCGUUUGUGGGUGAUGGUAUUGGAAAGACCAUAAUUACUGGAAGCAAAAGUAAUGCUGGAGGAUUUACUACCUUCAAUUCAGCAACUGUUGCUGUUGAUGGAGAUGGAUUCAUUGCUCAAGACAUCACUUUUCGUAACACUGCCGGCUCGGCCAAUCACCAAGCGGUUGCUCUGCGUUCUAGCUCUGACCUCUCAGUUUUCUAUCGAUGUGGCUUUGAGGGUUAUCAGGACACUCUUUUCGUUCAUUCUAAACGACAGUUCUACAAAGAAUGUGAUAUCUAUGGCACCACUGACUUCAUCUUUGGAAAUGCCGCCGUCGUUUUCCAUAAUUGUAACAUCUAUGUUAGAAACCCCCCUAACAAAGUCAAUACCAUCACUGCACAAGGCCGAACUGACCCAAACCAGAACACCGGCAUCUCCAUCCUCAACUGCAAAGUCAUUGCUGAUUCAGAGUUGAUAUUGGUUCAAAGCUCCAUGAAGACAUACCUUGGGAGGCCAUGGCAAAAAUAUUCAAGAACUGUUUUCAUGAUGACCUACCUUGAUGGCCUGAUUGACUCGGCCGGGUGGUUGGAGUGGGAUGGUGACUUUGCCCUGGACACUCUGUACUAUGGAGAGUAUAUGAACACAGGCCCUGGGUCAUCGACCACAAAUAGGGUGACAUGGGCAGGUUACCAUGUAAUCACAAGCACGACGGAGGCUUCGAAGUUCACCAUUGGGAACUUGAUCCCCGGCGGCACUUGGUUACUUGCGACCGGCAUGCCUAACCCCUCGGUGGGUUACAAUGUGCCUUACACCUCUGUGGGUUAUGACGCGAUUUACCCCUCAGGGGGUUGCAAACUGUUAAUCGGUUUUAGUCGGGGCUGCAAUGGCUAUUCUCUAUUCCAGCUCUUUCUUCUUUUGUCUUCCUUUUUCUUUCUUCUGGAAAUCUAG